GGCACCACAACUGUGCAUUUGUAUUCUCUCAUGUCUCUCGCUCUCUCUCUUUUCCUUUUUGUCUCGCGAUCCUUUACGUAUAACCGUUCUCUCUCUCUCUCGCGCUUUCUCUCUCUAAAUCUCUCCCAUGGAGGCUCUGUGGGCCUCGAGAAUGCUUUGCUGCAGGCCGCCGUCGUCGGCGUCUUUGUGCUUUCACCGGACCGCUCUGCAGAAAUGUGGUGUGUUUGGGCAAGUGAGUCUUUCUUGUUUGCGGGCGAGGCAAGGAAGCAUAAAAAUCCGAUCUUUGAAGGUUGGGAGGCUGUAUAGUACUGCAAGGAAUGGUUCUCAAGAAGAUGGGUCCUCUGUAGCUGAAGAUGACAGAAAAGAACAGGAGAAGGGUCUUUUGUUGGGAGCACAGAGGGAUGGCUCCGGCUCUGUUGUUGGGUUUCACUUGAUUCCUCAAUCUGUAACAGGUGAUGAAACAGUUUCAGAAUCUAAUGAUGAUGGUGGAGAAGAUGAGGAUGCAGAUAGUGAUAGUGAGGUGAGUGAGGAACUGGAAAAUGAGGUGGAAACCUUGGCAAGAACAGUGUGCAAUGUUGUUUUUGUUACUUCUGAGGCAGCUCCAUAUUCUAAAACAGGGGGGUUGGGAGAUGUUUGUGGCUCUUUGCCUAUAGCACUAGCUAAGCGUGGACAUCGCGUCAUGGUUGUUUCCCCUAGAUAUUUGAAUGGAUCCCUUUCAGAUGAAAAGUUUAAGAAUGCAGUUGAUCUUGAUCUGAAAAUCAAGAUCUAUUGGGCUGGUGGUGAGCAGGAAGUAGCAUUCUUCCAUGAGUACAGGGCUGGAGUUGAUUGGGUUUUUUUGGACCAUCCUUCAUUCCAUCGACCUGGAACACCUUAUGGUGACAUUUAUGGUGCUUUUGGUGAUAACCAGUUUCGGUUCACUUUGCUUUGUCAAGCAGCCUGUGAAGCUCCGUUAGUUCUCCCCUUGGGAGGGUUCACAUAUGGGGAGAAAUGCAUGUUCAUUGCUAAUGAUUGGCCUGCGGCUCUGGUUCCUAUAUUUUUGGCAGCCAAGUAUCGCCCACACAAUGUUUAUAAGGAUGCUCGAAGCGUUAUUCUGAUACAUAACCUUGCACAUCAGGGAGUGGAGCCUGCAGUGACGUUCAAGAACUUGGGAUUACCUCUCGAAUGGUAUCCGGCAGUGGAAUAUGUAUUUCCAACGUGGGCAAGGACCCACGCACUUGACACUGGUGAAACCGUGAAUGUUUUGAAAGGUGCAAUCAUCACUGCAGAUCGCAUAGUGACAGUUAGUCAGGGUUAUGCUUGGGAAAUAACAACUCCCGAAGGUGGAUAUGGACUACAUGGACUAUUGGGUAGUAGAAAGCCCGUUCUUAAUGGAAUAACAAAUGGAAUCGACGUCAAUGAAUGGGACCCAUCAACCGAUGAGCAUAUUGCUUCACCUUACUCCAUUAAUGAUCUUUCUGGAAAGGUUCACUGUAAAACUGCUUUGCAAAAGGAAUUAGGCCUUCCAAUUCGACCGGAUUGCCCAUUGAUUGGAUUCAUUGGGAGAUUGGACUUCCAGAAAGGCAUUGACAUAAUCCUCUCGGCAACUCCUGAACUAAUGAAGGAUGACGUCCAAUUUGUAAUGCUUGGGUCCGGUGAGAAACAGUACGAGGACUGGAUGAGAUAUAUGGAGUCACAAUAUAAAGAGAAGUUCCGAGGAUGGGUUGGAUUCAACGUGCCUAUUUCGCAUAGGAUAACAGCCGGCUGUGACAUCCUAUUAAUGCCUUCGAGAUUCGAACCUUGUGGCUUAAACCAGUUGUACGCGAUGAGAUAUGGCACCGUGCCCGUUGUUCAUAGUACCGGGGGCCUACGAGAUACGGUGGAAUCUUUUGACCCGUAUGCCGAGGAUGGCGGUGCAGGCACCGGGUGGACAUUUUCUCCUCUAUCAAGAGAAAAUCUAGUGGCUACACUUAGAAUAGCUACCGGGACUUAUAUAGAACACAAACAAUCGUGGAAGGGAUUGAUGCAGAGGGGAAUGGCGAGGGAUUAUUCGUGGGAAAAAGCGGCGGUUCAAUAUGAACGAAUCUUUGAAUGGGCCUUCAUGGACCCCCCAUACGUUAGAUGGCCGAACUAGAAAGAAAUCGGACUAAAUCCUCGUGAUAGAUUCAUAGUUCGUGCUGUGAUAGCAGUGAGUUAUGCUGCUCCAUCUUUCUUCAACUGCGCCAUUCUUUUUGUCGAACUGGCUUCUUUCUUUCUGAUGUCUCUAUAGCACUAGCAUAGUUGCAUGUUGCAGAUGGAGAAAAGGUUUUUUUGUGUGUAGAACAUAAAGCCCAUGUGACAACAAAUUGUAAAAACAUCUUUAUAUUUUUUUAAAGGAAAUUUGUUAUGGUCAA